AUGGCGGACACGCAGGAAACGGAGAUGUCCGAACCGGCCGCGACUUUGACGCAGCGUGCUGCGGCUGCCGACGCGGAAACCGACCUCUCCGAUGCUUUCAGCGAUGCCGUCCCGAAACCGGAACCUGCCGCGGAAUCACAAACAUAUGUGCGAAGGACGCGGUGGUCGUCGGCCAUUAUGGACGGCGUAGACCCAAAGAUGCGAUACGCAAACAAGCGCUUCAGUGACAUAUACGAGCAGCCGGACGAUGCCGAACUUAAGAAGGCCAGACGCACUAAACCGAGCCCCAGGGAGACCACAGAAGCGCCCAUAUUUGUACAACAGGAUCCCACCUGCAGCGAGGAUGACUCUGAAUCCAGCCCGAGCAUUGACAUACGCACCAUUAGGAACAUACUGAACGCGAUCAGGGAUGUCGUGACGGCACUCAUACCGAAGCCGGUACUCAUUACGGAUCUCUCAAAAGAUCAGAGCAAGGAGCAGAAGCAUGAGAGUGUGUACGGCACGCGUUCAGCCUCGGCUCGCUCGCAGGAGUCGAUCAACGCUGACGCCAGCGCCACGGCACCCGGCGGCAAGGCCUCAGAAACGGAGCACAUAGGAAUGUGCGAUGACCUGAAGACAGUGCAGAAAGAUGUAGGCGAUCUACUCAACAGGGGCAUGUACAGCCGCAAUGAGAAGAUCAAAUUCGUCGUCUACUCCAUACUUGAGCUCGUUGCUCUGAGGGCCGAUCACUACUAUCGCAUGAUUCAGAACAUGGAGCGCCUUGCGCGCUAUGCGCACCGCACGGAGUCCAUACCGACCGACUUCGUUACCACCUUGAUCGACAUGUACGGCGCUGCGGCACUGCAACACCUCGAGCACAUACGUCGCCGGAUGCCCAUCAAGGUCAGACACACUGGUGUGCUGAAUUUCAAGCCCUGGCGAGCUGUAUUCGGCGGCACGACGCUCAGCAUGGAGAAUGUGAAUGACCUGCUCAAGAAGUACGAAUUCAAAAAACUCAAGGACAUGGCACAAACGCGGACGAAGAAUGUGAGGGCACUGAUGCAAGAGCAGCAGUCCGCAAUGUUGAAAGCCAUCGAGGCGCGGAACAGGGAAUCCAUGCUUUCAGCGUCCUAUGCGAAGUUACGGCAGACAGAUGCGCAGAAAAAGGGGGGAAUUACAUCUUUGGUGUCUACAGCCGCAAAUACGCAGGAGUCCAUCGGCGAUGCCCUUAUGGGCGGAGAGAGUCUAAAGGCGAAAACAGAGGGACGUGCGGCGCAAAAAGGUAAAUCGGAAACUGGUCGUGCUAGGGCUAAGGCGGGUGCAGCGCAGAGAAAGGAUUCGGUUAGCGAUGCGCAGGAUGCCGGACAACCCAAGACCGCAUCCUCCAAAAGAGCAGGAGGUCGAAAGGCUGCCACCACAAGAGGUGGCUCGAACGCAGCGAGGCCUGGAAAGUCGAAGAGUUUGGAGUUGGAACGGACCAAAGCAGAUGACUCUGAUGGGCCCAUCAUGAGGAGGAAGCACGGCUCUCUUGAGCUGGCUGGCACGGGUCUAUUCACGGAUGACGACGAAGCAGCAUUCAGCGAAUAUAGCGACGAAGAAAGCAAAAGGAAUGAUUCAACGAAAUCGAAGGGCAGAUCCCGCGCAGCAUCAUUUAGAGGGAAAAACAAGUCACCGGACACUACAAGCACCUCGCCUACGCAGAUUGGUGCCAGAGGGGCGCCAAACAGAAUAGCCCUGGCGCGACGCAUGGCCCUCAAUAGAUCUGGAAAGAGCGUAGAAAGCUGGCGGAACCUGAAAAUGACAAGUGGGUUCGAGCCCGUGAAGCUCGAUGGCGAUGAUACACUCAAGAUACCCAAGGUGAAGCGCGACCCUACGCCCAAAGCCGCGCCUCCAACGGAGGAGGCGGCAUCACCAGCAGAGACGCCAAAAGCAGCUGAUAGCGCUCCAACUACGACGGUGGGGACGCCGGAAAGAGCAAAGCAGAGAGUGGUCUACGAGACGAAUAGGUUAAAAGAAGGCCCAGGCUCGGCCUCAUUCUCGCCGCCGCCGAACCCUUACAGGAAGCACGUGCCACCCAAUCCACGCCGUGGUGGACCCAACAUCACAGGCGGCAGUCCACCUGGCCGCAUGUACCCAAUGUACAUGAUACCGCCGCCACCCCCGCACCCGAACAUGCUCAUGUUCCACAACGCAAUGUACAACGCCAUGCCGCCGCACCCCAAAGCGCCGUGGGCAAUUCCACCGGUCGCAGCGCCCGCGCCGCAUAUAAUGUCGCCCAAGCACUGCCACCCCAUCUCGCCAACGUGGCGGAACCAGGGGCCGCCUCCGGAAGGCCUGGAUUCGCCCAAUCGAGGGAGGGGGUUCCCGAAGCGCCACCACCAGAUACCGCGAAACCCCAACAGGCGCCCGCCUCGCGGUCCGAACUCCAACCCAGCAUCGCCUAAAUCAAACCGGGUCGUCUGA